AUGCUCGCCCUGCUGCUGUCGCUGCACACGCUGGGCCGCUCGCUGGCCAUGGCGAGCGCGGAGCGGCUGGCCGUGCCGCAGUGUGGGAGCCGGGCGGGCGGGGGCAGCCCCCGGGAGCACGGCGGGGUCUCCCCCGGGGUGGGCAGCGAGGUCCGGGAGGCGCUGGAGCGGGUCCUGCCCGUUCUCCGCCGGGCCAUCGCCCAGGCCAGGCAGGCGGCCACCCCCGAGGGGCUGCGGGCGGCUCUCUCCGAGGUGUUCCGGCUGGUGGAGGAGGCCUGGGGGAUGCCCGCCGUGGGGAGGGACGUGGCCAAGGUGCUGUGCGAUGUGAUCCGCCUCGAGGGGGGCCUGGACCUGCUGCUCAACCUGCUCUACACCGCCGAGCUGGAGACCAAGUGCCAGGCAGGAAAACUCCUGGAGCAGAUCCUGGUGGCGGAAAACAGGGACCGGAUCGCUCGGAUCGGUCUGGGCGUAAUCCUGAACUUAGCCAAGGAGCGGGACGUUCCCCAGCUGGCCCAGAGCAUCUCUGGGAUCCUGGAGCACAUGUUCAAACACACGGAGGAGACCUGCUUCCAGCUCAUCUCCGACGGAGGCCUGGACACCAUCCUGUACUGGUGCCGCUGGACGGACCCCGCCGUGCUGCGCCACUGCGCCAUGGCCUUGGCCAACUGCGCCAUGUACGGGGGCCAGGCCAACCAGCGCCUGAUGAUCGAGAAGAAGGCGGCGGAGUGGCUUUUCCCACUGGCCUUCUCCAAAGACGACGAGCUGAUCCGGCUGCACGCCUGCCUGGCCAUCACGGUGCUGGCCACCAACAAGGAAAUCGAGAAGGAGGUGGAGCGCUCGGGGACGCUGGCUCUGGUGGAGCCCUUCAUCGCCUCGCUGGACCCCGAGCAGUUCGCCCGGGAGAUGCUGGGCAGCAGUGACAACAUCCAGGGGCGGACGGCGCAGGACCUGCAGCGCCUCGUGCCCCUGCUGGACAGCUCCCGGCUGGAAGCCCAGUGCAUCGCCGCCUUCUACCUCUGCACCGAGGCCGCCAUCAAAGCCAGGCAGAAGAAAACACAGAUUUUCAGUGAGAUCGGGGCUACGCAGAGCCUGAAGAGGAUUGUGUGCUACUCCACCAGCAGCACCACCUCCUCCCUGGCCAAAAAGGUGCUGCGCAUGAUAGGGGAGGAGGUUCCUCGGCGCAUCCUGCCCACAGUUCCCAACUGGAAAUCCUGUGAGGUGCAGACGUGGCUGCAGCAGAUCGGAUUCGACAAAUAUUGCCAAAUAUUCCUGGAUCACCAGGUGGACGGGGACAUUCUCCUGAGGCUGACAGAGCAGGAGCUGCAGAAGGAUUUGGGGAUGGACUCCAGCAUCACUCGGAAAAGGUUUUUCCGGGAGCUGACGGAGCUCAAGACCUUUGCCAACUACUCCACCUGUGACCGCAGCAACCUGGCCGACUGGCUGGGGGGCAUCGACCCCAAAUUCCGGCAGUACACCUACAACCUGCUCACCUGCGGCAUUGACCGCAACUUCCUGCACCGGGUGACGGAGCAGCAGCUGCAGGAGGACUGUCGCAUCCACACCGGCUUCCACCGCGUCCGCAUCCUCACUGCGGCCAGGGAAACGCUUCACUCCCCCAUCACGCUGCAAACCGCGUCCAACGGGACCGAUGUGUUCAUCAGCUACCGGAGGAGCACCGGCUCGCAGCUGGCCAGCUUGCUGAAGGUCCACCUGCAGCUCCACGGCUUCAGCGUGUUCAUCGACGUGGAGAAGCUGGAGGCAGGGAAGUUUGAAGAUAAGCUGAUCCAGAGCGUCCUGAGUGCCCGGAAUUUUGUGCUGGUCCUCUCAGCAAACGCGCUGGAUAAAUGCAUGGAGGACCCCGAGUGCAAGGACUGGGUACACAAGGAGAUUGUGACAGCCCUGAACUCUGGAAAGAACAUUGUGCCUGUUACAGACCAUUUUGAGUGGCCGGAUCCAGAAACACUUCCCAAGGACAUGAGGGCUGUCCUGAAAUUUAAUGGUAUCAUGUGGUCCCACGAGUACCAGGAGGCCACAAUUGACAAAAUCAUCCGCUUUCUCCACGGCCGCUCCUCCCGGGACUCCUCGGCUGGCUCGGAGAACGGGCUGGACUGUUUGCACUCCCUGGGGCAGAGCUAG